ACCCACCCAACUUUCUCCCAUUAUAAAUUCCCAUGCAAACUCGCUUCCCUUUUCAUCUUCAAAACACAAUCUCAAAAACCCCUUGUUGUGAAACCAAGAAAUAUUUGAGAGCGAGCGAGCUAGCAAUAUGGAGAGUGGAGUUAGAAAAGAAGACAAACCCCCUUCCUCCUCUUCCAAUCUUCAACAACUGCCCUCCUCAGUAAAACCUGGCCCGUUAAGAAAGAUCAUAAUGGUUGCAUCAAUAGCAGCUGGGAUUCAAUUUGGUUGGGCACUCCAGCUCUCUUUGUUAACCCCAUAUGUGCAGCUUUUAGGCAUUCCUCACACAUGGGCGGCUUUCAUUUGGCUCUGUGGGCCGAUUUCUGGGAUGUUAGUCCAGCCAGUAGUUGGCUACCACAGUGACCGCUGCACAUCUCGUUUUGGCCGUCGCCGACCAUUUAUCGCGGCGGGUGCUGUUUUCGUCACCAUUGCCGUGUUUCUCAUUGGCUAUGCCGCUGACAUUGGCCACCUUUCUGGUGAUUCCCUAACCAAAACAGCUAAACCACGAGCCAUUGCUGUGUUUGUUGUAGGGUUUUGGAUUCUUGAUGUUGCUAAUAACAUGCUUCAAGGUCCAUGUAGGGCAUUUCUUGCUGAUCUUUCAGGGACGAAUCAGAAGAAGACACGUACAUCCAAUGCUUUCUUCUCUUUCUUUAUGGCUGUUGGCAAUGUUCUUGGCUAUGCAGCUGGGUCUUACACUCACUUAUACAAACUUUUUCCAUUUUCAAGAACCAAAGCUUGUGAUGUCUACUGUGCAAACCUCAAAUCUUGCUUCUUUAUCUCUAUUGCCUUGCUUUUAAUAUUAACAAUUCUAGCUCUCUCUUACGUACGUGAAAAACCCUGGUCGCCGGAGGGAAGUCCCGGUGAAGGCGGUGACGAGGAGGAGGAAGAGGAGGCGAUUGGAGAAGCCAAAGUGUCGGUGCCACUGCCCUUUUUUGGGGAAAUAUUUGCUGCUUUGAAGACCUUGCAAAGACCUAUGUGGAUCCUACUUUUGGUGACGUGUCUAAAUUGGGUUGCUUGGUUCCCUUUCCUGUUGUUUGAUACUGAUUGGAUGGGGAGAGAGGUUUACGGUGGUGAUUCAAGUGGAAAUGCUGAUCAACUCAAGAUGUAUGAUCAUGGGGUCCGUGCAGGUGCAUUGGGGUUGAUGCUUAACUCGGUGGUUUUGGGAGUUACUUCGCUUGGUGUGGAGGCUUUGGCUCGUGGGGUUGGUGGGGUUAAGAGGCUGUGGGGGAUUGUGAAUUUUGUCUUGGCUAUUUGUUUGGCUAUGACUAUUUUGAUAACCAAAUUGGCUCAGUCCAACAGAAGGUACACCACCGUGAAUGGAGGAACCCACCUCUUGCCGCCGCCGCCUGGUAUCAAGGCUGGUGCUUUAGCCCUUUUUGCCGUUAUGGGCAUACCUCUAGCGAUAACUUACAGCAUCCCUUUUGCUCUGGCAUCAAUCUUUUCUAACACCUCUGGUUCUGGCCAAGGGCUUUCUCUGGGAGUUCUCAAUCUGUCAAUAGUUAUACCACAGAUGGUGGUGUCUGUAGCAAGUGGACCUUGGGAUGACCUUUUUGGAGGAGGCAAUCCACCAGCUUUUGUGGUAGGAGCUGUUGCAGCCGCAGUUAGUGGAAUAUUGGCAUUCACCAUGCUUCCAUCUCCAAACCCUGACAUCCCCUCAAACAAAAGGGCUGUCACUGCUGCAUUCCAUUGACUUUUUUUUUUAACUUCUAAAGACUGGUGACUCGUCUAUAAUUGGUCCUUUUUUUUUUGGGGAUGUAUCAAAGGCCAAAAUGGCCAGCUGUUUGUCGAAAUAGCUUAAUCAAAUGGCCACAAAUGGCCAUUUUAGAGUCAUGUCCAUAUGGCUGUGUGAACAUGCUUGUCUAAGUGAAAUAUAGAGUCAUGGUUAAUCCUAUUCCCAGCUCUAAUUAUCUAAUAACAAUAUCGUAGGGAAAAUUUCAUUUCCAAA